CAGCAGAGAGCACCGAGGCCUCCAGUCUGCCGGAAAUUCAACACAAGAAGAAGAAAAAGAAAAACACAAGAAGAAGAAGAGGCUUAUUGAACCUCGUGAAGCGGGAACUGACAGGUCGCCGCCAUGGAAUGGGGUCUGAGCGAUCUUCCGUCUCCGGUGGUUCGAGAUGACGAGGUGACGGUCGCUGCCCGCCGGAGGAGGAAGAAGGUGGCCUUCCCGUCACCCGGCAGCCCCGUCGCUUCCUCGGUAACUCCUGCUCGAUCCCUGCUGAGGAACACUCCUGCUUCGCUGUACAGACAGGCCGUGACUCCCAGAGUUCCAGAUGUUUCCUCCAUUUUGGCUUCUGGAGGUCGAACGCCUCGAUACACCCACACGCCAAGAAACGCCAUCGGCAGUCUGAAUCUGGAUGACAGUGACUGGACCACCAGCAUGUUCACGUCUCCUGUCUCUGGUUUGGAAAACACCAGCUUCUUCAGAGACGACACCACCAACCUGAGCUCCGCCCUGCUGAAGGAGGACGACCCAGGAGACGCCGCCGCUACCAGUCUUUUCCCAGAGUUCCUCACGUCCUUCCUGAAACAUUCUUCCUCUGCGGUGUUCGAGCUGCUGGAGGAUUAUCAGACGCUCUGCCAGGACAAGGUGGACGUUCUGCAGUCGGUGGUCCUCAGAGCAGGUCAGAACAGUAAAACAGCAGGAGUUCGUUGGUUGCUGCAGCAGGAAAACUGCUCCUGGAGACUCAUUGCGUCUUUAUACAGGGAUCGGGUCCAGUUGGCGCUGGAAGAUGACAUGAUGACAGACAUGGUGGUUCCCAGUGAGAGCGAGAAGGUUGUUGUGGAGCAGCUUUUCCAGAGAGAUGCAGUCAUACGACAAAGUCAGUUGGUCGUUGAUUGGCUGGAGAGCAUCGCCAAGGACCAGAUCGGAGACUUUUCUGACAACAUCGAGUACUAUGCUAAAAACGUGUGCUGGGAGAACACCCUCCACACUCUGAAGAUGAGGAGGAAGAGCGGCGGCACCUUCACCGUCCCUCUGGUCACUGAACUGGACCCAGACGCUCCUUUCAGACAACAGCGCCCCCUAGCGGACCUGGACAGGGAGGACGACGCCCGGCUGCUGAAGAACCUGUUCACCCUGAUCAGAGCCGGGAUGACCGAGGAGGCUCAGCGGUUGUGUAAACGCUGUGGUCAGGCCUGGAGAGCAGCGACUCUGGAAGGCUGGAAGCUCUACCACGAUCCCAACAUGACCUCAGGCAGUAUAGAGCUGCAGCCCGUUGAAGGAAACCCACACAGAGGAAUCUGGAAGGCCUGCUGCUGGAGGAUGGCUGAGGAGGAGCAGCUAAACAGAUAUGAGAGAGCGAUCUACGCCAGCCUCAGCGGGAACCUCAAACCGCUCCUGGCGGUGUGUGAGUCGUGGGAGGACUGUGUUUGGGCGUAUUUCAGAGUGAUGGUCGACUCGCUGGUUGAAAAGGAUCUGAUGUCAUCGGGGAUGGCGCACCAGGAAGUGGAGACGCUGCCUCGGGAAUACCUGGAGGCCAACUGGACGAUGGAAAAAGUGUUUGAGGAGCUUCAAGCUGCAGAAUCGAAGAGAGUUUUGGAGGAGACUAAAGAACAUUAUCACGUCAUCCAGAAGUUCAUCAUCCUGGGAGAUCUGGACGGUCUGUUGGAAGAGUUUUCUGAUUGGCUGACGGCCUCUAAGCCCCUCCCCUCCCACCUGCUGCGCUUCAUGACUCACCUUGUGCUGUUCUUCAGAUCUCUGGGUUUGGCACUAAAGGAGGAGGUUUGUGUUGACGUGCUGAAGUCCUACGUUUCCCUCCUGAUCCGGGAUCAGCAGACCGACCUCGUGGCGAGUUACGUCGGUCAGCUCCCAGCUGAGGUCGCCACGGCUCAAUACGCCGCUUUCUUAGAGGCCGUCACCCAGCCGGAGCUCCGCCCACACUGCCUGCAGCUCGCCACGGAGGCCGGUCUGGAUGUUUCUGCAAUAACAAAGCUGGUGGUGGAGACCGUUAGAGAAGGAGACGACACAGAGUUCACACAUCACAGCCAGACGCUGGAGACGACAACUAACAAGGAGGACCAGACGAAGAUCGACAUCAUCGACUGGCUGCUGUUUGAUCCGACACAUCGAGCCGAAGCCCUGAAACAGUCCAACGCCAUCAUGAGGAAGUUUCUGGCUCUGCAGAAACACGACGCAGCCAAAGCUGUGUUUUCUAAAGUUCCUGAGGAUUCGAUGAGGGAGAUCUACUGCCAGUGGUCGGGCGUUGGUCAGACGACACCUUUACCUGCCGAGGACGAGAACGCCAUCAGAGAACACCUGUGCAUCAGAGCCUACCUGGAAGCCCACGAGGCUUUCACCGAUUGGUUCAGCCACAGUAGCUCCGCCCCCCAAAAGCCAGCGCCCGCCCCUGAGGCCAAAUUCACUGAGAAGGUGGCCAAUGAGAUGCGAGAGAAGGAGUACCAGGCCUCUCUGUCCGCCUGGUCGUGUCGUCUGGACGUUCUGACCGAAGACGUGAAAGAAAGAAUCUACAACGUUCUGCUGUUCGUAGACGGAGGCUGGAUGGUCGACAACAGACAGGACUCUGAGCAGGAUUCGGAUCGCGGCCACCAGAUGGCGUCACUGCGUUCUCUCUGUCUGCCUCGACUCAGCUUCCUGCUGCUCAGCGUCCUGCAGAGUUCAUCCAGACACCAGGAGGCGCUGCGACUCGCCGACAUCGUCUCGUCCGACCAGCACCGACUCUACCAGGUUUUCUCCAAAGAGGAUCUCAGGAGGUUCCUCCAGAAGCUCAGGGAGUCGUCGCUCGCUCUGCUGGACCGAGGCCUCGACCCGCUGGGCUACGAGUUACAGCCGUGAACACAAACUAAAGUCACAGAGCAGCUUUUAAACCGCUGCUCUUUUUCAGAAUGCGUUUGUCUCUUUUUUUCUUUUUCAAAAUAAAAGCCUGUUAUCUGUA